AUCCGUGAUCGGCGGGACACUCAGAUGCGUCAGUGAUUUGCACUUCAUCGAACGUGAACUUGGAUAAUCUUUUGAUCUUGAUGUACCCUUUAGUAAAUAUUGGAUCCGUGCUUUACUUUUCUUUUAAUGAAACGAGGCAGCUCUAACAUAAUAUUAUUAGCUUCGUUCUAUUUUCGUACUAUGUAGAUAUUUACCAAUCGCGCUACAUGUGAGAUAACAGUGGGCUGACUAGAAAGUGAAUCUAACGGAACUUUCAUUAGGAGAACGUUGUGUUUGGCCCACAAAGCUAGGCUGAUUUCUAUUUAAAAGAACGCGUGAAGCCGAGAAUCAACCAAGCUACAUCAGAUCAACAUGAAAUCCGUGUAUUUGGUGCUAAUUUUGAUGAUUAUGGGCACCAGUAGAGGAUAUGAACAUAGUCGACAACGCUGGAAGAGGCAUCUCGCCUCGGAGGCUGGGAGGAUGCCUCACAACACCACGCACAACUUCAAUAUUGAACUUCUAAAGGAACCGCGAAAGCCGAAUUCGUUUCAUUUACAAUUCGACCUACCCAUUUUGAAUACUCCACCGCCACGUGCACACAGUUUCCCGAACCUAUCCACAAGAACAAUUGUAGAAACUCCCCGAAACUAUAAAAAUCAAGCCCGAACGUCCGCUAAACUCCAGCGUCCUCGUUCGCCGAAAGCAACAGCUUUUAGCAUAAACGCUGAUAUCUUGAAAGCUGAGGGACACCGUUUUGCCAUGCAAUUGCGAACCAGAUGUGCCUUGCCUCGAGAGCAGGUCAUAUGUGUUAAGGAUCUCUACCCUGACACCGAUGUCAAGUAUUAUCCCGCUUGUACGCUUUUACACAGAUGUGACGCCUCAACUGGUUGCUGCGAAGACCCAACAGAAAGUUGUCAAACACACUUCAGUGAACAGAUUGUCCUGUACUUCAGAUCAAAUAUCGAUUCUGAAGUGCUCAAACUCCCAUUUACUAACCACACGUCUUGCAGGUGCAGUCAAAAACGCAGCCAUUCAUACGACGAGACGCCGAGUUCAAUCACGAAAGCUGAAGACGAGGAUGACUACAGCCCAGAGGAAGACGACGCCGAAGAGAACAUUCUCGGGAAUUGUCCGCGAUGCCCGAAACCGUUCAACAAGCGGCUGGUUCGCGGAGUGUGUGAUUGUGAUUGCUUUGAUAACGACGAGGUAUGUCUGGCUAUAAAACGGGGCAACGAGGCAUUGACAAACGCGGAGCGGAGAUGCAUUUCCAGUCGAGUGUGCCAAAAGCCUCGCUGUGAUAAAGGCACUCAUUUUAAUGUUGACCUCGGUGAGUGCCGGAAGUUCAUCGAGGAAAACAAUAUCGACGAUCAUCUUUACGACAAUGACGAAUCUGAUGCCAAUGAUGAUGACGAUGAUUCAGAGGAGCAGAACCAGCAACAGCUUGACGAAGGUGACCCUCAUCCCGGCAAAGCAAAGUGUGACCAUCGAAAGGAUAAUUAGAUUGGUUAGAACGUGAUCCAGUGAUAGCUCGGGGACUCAAGGCCGACGACCAAUCGCAAACCUAAUGAGUUGAAGCGCGUACACAUCUCUAAAGGCGUCUUUUUUGAAAGCAACUUGCUGGAUUGAUACUUUCACAGGAUAUAGCAGAUGACCGUAAUCCUGGGAUAGAUAGAAAUGAACAAUUUGGGGUUCAUAUAUAUAUAUAUGUACCUCUUAUCGAGCUAAGCUUUAUUUAUAUUUAUGUCGAAAAAAAUAUGACGCGGUAAUAUUAGUGUAAUGAGAAUAUCAAACGGUUUGAAUGUUUUAAUUUUAGUUUCACUUCGUGGUACGUAUGGAGUUCAUCGUAAAUGAGGUCUUGCAAUAAAUGUUUUUAUUUGGUAAACAUU